AUGCCCAGCUCGGCAAUACUAGUACCGCUAUACAUUUACCCCCUCCUCGGCGCCUGGAACCCACUCUACGAAGUCAUCGAAGCAAAUCCUACAACACAAUUUCAAGUGGUCAUCAAUCCACACAACGGCCCAGGCGCAACACCACUUCCGGACAGCAACUAUUGUCGUGAGAUUCCGAAAUUACGGUCUCACCCAAAUGUCGUCGUCUACGGCUACGUGAACGUGGUUUGGGCGACUCGCGAUCUUGACGAGGUCUGCAAGGAUGUGGAGAUCUAUGCCGCCUGGCCGCAACAUUGGCAUCAUCAUCAUCAUGAUCAGAUGAAUCUCCAGACUCAGCAUGACACGAAGCAGGCGCCACAGCACCAGGAUCAAAAUGUCUCAGUGCCAAUUGGUAUUGAUGGAGUGUUUGUGGACGAAACGCCUAUUGAUGCGGGAGACCACGAAAAGAAGUUCCUUGGCACGCUCAAGACCCUGGUCGAGAGCCAUUUUGGCGCCAAGAAGAAGGCGGCUGCCCCUGGUCAAAAAUACCCGUUGAUCAUACACAAUCCAGGAUGCAUGCCUCCGCCGGCAAUACGAGAGCUGGCAGACCUGACUGUGGUCUUUGAGGACACCUAUGCAGUGUUCUUGCAGCGCUUGGCUCAGGGGGUCCUGGCGCUGCCGAAUGGGACUGUUGCCUCAGCAGGUAACGACGAGGCUGAAGAUGAAUGCAAUGACACAGACACAGAUGCAGCAAAACAAGAACGCCUCCGCCGCGCAGUGGUCAUUCACUCCGUGCCCCUACCUGACAUCGACGCCGCCACAAACCUCACAGCAGCACAACAUCCACUAGUGCCUGGGAGCAAUGCCACAAUUGCUAGCCAAGAAGUCCGAGCAGAGCUGGUACGAGAUCUCGUUCGCAACGCGACCGAGGUAGCUGGGACAGUCUUCAUCACCGAGCUGUCGAGCGGCUUCUAUGAGACGUUCUCAAGAGGUUGGAGGGAAUGGGCUGGCGUUAUUGGGAGUGGCACUGUGGCAGAUGAUGAUGCAGAUGAGUAA